AUGGAUCUUGAUAAAGAGGAUGUCAUCAUUGGAGCGGAUUUGAUGCCGCAUAUUGGACUUGCAAUUACAGGUUUAGCUGUCCGCUGGGAUGAUGAAGAAGAUUCUAGUGAAAACGAGAAGCCUGAUUCAGACACUCCUAAUGACGCACCUGCAGGUCCUGAUGAUGAACGUAAAGCUUUCUUUAAUGGGAUUAACAAGUUCCUUGAAGCUAAUGCUAACAUCUUGUCCACCACGUUUUGUAACAUUCCUGAAUCAAUUGUGGAGUUGCCCACGCCCGAUGGUGUCACUUCGUAUCACCGCCAAUAUCCUAUACCGUUUAAGCUGAGACCAGUUAUUGAUGCUGCUGUCGAAAAAUGGCUAAAGGAUGGUGUCAUUGUUAAAGCUCCAGUCAACACG